GCUGCAUGUCAUUUAUGCUCCUUAAUCAUUCUCGCAUCAGCGCCAAAAAGGUGGUACCAGAAACCUCUCCCUUCACUCACAACACACACUGACCUGCCGCCAUUUCUCGCCCAUCACACCCAGAAAUUGUGAAUUCCAUUACCGGAAAAGAUGAAAAACGUUGGAAGGAUGGGAAUCCAUUAUCUGCAGAGGCUGAAUGCUGAAAAUGUUCCAAAGGACUUGAUAGAGAAAGGCCAGGCUCGUGUUAUUGAGGCAUCCCUGACACUCAUCCGCGAGAGGGCGAAGCUCAAGGGGGAACUACUACGAGCUUUGGGAGGUGUGGCGGCAUCAGCAUCUCUUCUCGGAGUUCCCUUAGGACACAACUCUUCCUUUCUUCAGGGUCCUGCAUUUGCACCACCACGUAUAAGAGAAGCCAUUUGGUGUGGGAGCACAAAUUCCACCACAGAAGAAGGUAAAGAUCUUAAUGAUCCAAGGGUCCUGACAGAUGUUGGUGAUGUUCCAGUUCAGGAGUUACGAGAUUGUGGAGUUGAUGAUGAUAGAUUGAUGAAUAUUAUAAGUGAAUCUGUGAAGUUAGUGAUGGAAGAAGACCCAUUGCGGCCUUUGGUGCUAGGAGGUGAUCAUUCUAUUUCAUUUCCUUCUGUGAGAGCCGUAUCUGAGAAGCUUGGAGGGCCUGUUGAUAUUCUUCACCUGGAUGCUCAUCCUGAUAUUUAUGAUGCUUUCGAGGGGAACAAAUAUUCUCAUGCAUCUUCUUUUGCUAGAAUCAUGGAGGGUGGUUAUGCUCGGCGACUGUUGCAGGUUGGAAUCAGAUCAAUUACAAAGGAGGGCAGGGAACAGGGGAAGCGUUUUGGUGUAGAGCAAUAUGAAAUGCGGACAUUUUCAAGGGAUCGGAACCUACUCGAGAAUCUGAAACUUGGUGAAGGUGUAAAAGGUGUGUAUAUUUCUGUCGAUUUGGACUGUAUGGAUCCAGCAUUUGCACCAGGAGUUUCUCACAUUGAGCCAGGAGGCCUCUCUUUUCGCGAUGUUCUCAACAUUCUUCAAAACCUUAAAGGUGAUGUGGUUGCUGCUGAUGUUGUGGAGUUCAAUCCACAGCGAGACACUGUUGAUGGGAUGACUGCGAUGGUUGCUGCAAAGCUAGUACGAGAACUGACUGCAAAGAUAUCAAAAUGACUGGGAUAUUGGAUCAGCCUGAAUAAGCACAUCGUAUGCGAUGUUGGUUGUGGUGCUACAGCACUUGGCCAAAAAAUUAGUUCACCCGGUCGAGCCUGAUGCUAUAUCGAGGUGCAUAGGCUCCAUGGCUACAUGGUCAUGCCUUGUACUAACUGCGUCUUUUUAGACAGAAUUUUAGUUGCGAAAUGGAGAAUAGAGUAACAGUUGAGACUUCCAUUAAUAUAUAUGUAUGCACUGUUUGAAUGCAACUGUUGAUUUGUUGAACGUGGUAGUUUUUUGGAUUA